GUCACAUCAAAACAGAGUUCGACCAUCGCUUACAUCACGCCUGCAUGUGAUAACACUUCGCGAGGCUCAGAACAGAACUAUGACCUCAGCCGCGUAUAGAAGAAGCGAUGGAGGAUGUACCUCCAGCUCCAGCUCGUCAUCUGCAAGUACAAAAGACGCAGCCGCAGAAGGGCGCUCCUGCUCUCCGAAAACAAAAGACAUGUGCAUCCGAAGCGGGGGCCCGAGCGCACCAAUCGAGGACGAAAUGCCGCCGGGACGGAGACCACAUCCAAAAGGCAGAACGAUCGGUCAUAACCACUCUCCCUCUCGACGGCGAAAGAGGAAGCGGCGACAGAUUCCUGAUCAUCCACUUGACGCAUACGAAGAAAACGAGAGUGGCAGAGCUGCAGUCGACGACGCCAACGACAGUGUUGUAGAAGUAGACCACGAUGAAGAAAAUAAUUCUAGUGAAGAUGUCAUGCUCAUGGACCAGGUGGAGGGCGACGAUACGGCUUCAGCCAAGGAGAUGCUGUUAUUUGAUUUCGGCUGCGGGCAGUUGAAACGUAGGUCUUCGAGGCGACGAAAACGAAGGAGGCGCAGUCAAGUAGGAAAUCUUUGUGGCGAUACGGGUGUCCUUCUUAAUGCCCUUGUUGAUACUGAUACGCAUGCGCUAAGUGAUGAGGAGUUGAGUCACUUUGAACAGGGCCGCGCAGAGAGUGGAAGCAGUGUUGAUGAGGCUGACGUUGAUAAAAAGACGCAAAAUAGGCAUGAUUGGUCGCGUAAAAUCUUCUGGGGGUCCUGCGUAUUUCGGAUAAGCAAGGAAGAAGAGGAAUCUGAUAGGAGUGGGAGGACCAGAGGAAGGCGGCGGACCAAGCACGGAGCGGUAACGCCGGGUUCGCAACAAGGCAGAAAUUCGACAGCCUCACUUUUUCAGCUUCAGAAUGGAAAAACAGGCGUAGCAAAUGCAGCACGCAUGGCUAUUGUUGCUGCGGCUCUGUUCACAGAUUGGGGGUCCUCACUAGCAUCGACAAUGUCGUUAAUUCGAAAACGAAGGUCCUCGCUUGCCAGCACCUUCGUAUCACAAGAGCAGAAGCAGAGCGAUACUGUAGGUAGGAGUCUUCGCAAAUCUUCAAGUAGCAGCAGACACUCGUCAAGUGACUACAGCGCGUCUGGCUCAUCAACAGCAGCGCCAUCUGCAUCAACAACGGCAGUGCCUGCCACAACUCCUGAUCCCGGACCGCUCGACGUCUUCUUGACGCAGCCAUCGCCAGCAGCAGGUAAUACAAACAAAGUUACAUCAUUUCGAUUACUUCAUAUACGAAUCUCUAGGUUGGUACUGGUUUUUCUUCAUCAUUCUGUUCUUCGCUUAAUUCAAUUUACGAAGCACUAGGCUGCAAAUAUGUGAAGUGCGUCGAUAUUAUAGCGGCCGUCUAAUAGACAUAGACUAUAACCUGAAUUUUAUAUUAUCGGUCCUCGUGAUGUUGAUGUAGAUGUUAGAAAUUCUGUUAUCAUCCUUUUCCAGGUGACAACGUUCCACCUGGUUUCGUGAAAAUUCCGAGACGAAAUUGUGGCAUUGUGGGUGAAAAGUUUUGUCCCCAAACUCUCUUCACGAACGCUUUUGUCUGCGAGAAUGCCUUUCAUAACGUGAAUACUAGCAAUAUCGUCAACUACACGGCGCAGGGAGAGAGAAAUGACACGUCAGAGCUAGCGCCACAAUUAAUGGGGCCCACAAAUCUCGCACAACUUGCGGAGGUAUGCAUGGGGCACGGUACUGACUGCGACACCAUCGUUUUGCAUAGCGGAAACGACACGGCCCAUGUAGAAGAUCCAAAGUCACCGGGAACGCUCAACUUCGUUUCUUUCGGAUAUCGCUUAUGAAAAUGAAGUCAAAGUGUGGAGCUGCGUUAGCUAGAACUCUAUUAACUUGAUUCUACCGAUUCUGAUGAAGAUGUUGAAAUAGAAAAAUCCGUCCUCUCCGUCCUGUGGAAGAUCGGAAUAAUAUGUUGCGAUGUAAUCUUCUGCAUCUCCUCCUCCUGUUGGCUCAAUCAAUUUGUUUACGUUCCUUUCAUACCUUUUCGACUUGCGGUCUGUAGAGAAUGCAGUCGCCCAUUGCGAACGCCCACCGACACUGAUUCUGGAGGAACUCAACAGCAGCAGUACAAGCAAUGGAUCAUCGCUCAUUCCACUCAAUACAACAAGCACAACAGAAGACGUGAGUGCUACGACGCUUAAAGACACUUCAACCGCGGGCGCAGCAGGAGGAGACUCGACAACUGUUCCAGCCACUGACUCGGAGUCGUCAACGGCGAGCGCAGUUGCGACGACUACAGCCACCGAUGCCGAAUCAUCAACAACAGGAGGAGAUGAAACCACUACAUCGACAACAAGAGGAGAUGCGGCUACUACAUCGACAACACGAGGAGAUGCAGCUACUACAUCGACAACAGGAGGAGAUGCAGCUACUACAUCGACAACAGGAGCAGGAUAUGCGGCAACUACAUCGACGACGGGCGGAGAUACGGCAACUACUUCGACAACGGGGGGAGAUGCGGAAACUACAUCGACAACAGGUGGGAAUGCGGCAACUACAUCGACAACUGGCGGAGUUGCAGCUUCUACAUCUACAACAGUUGGAAAUGCUGCUACUACAUCGACAACUGGCGGAGUUGCAGCUACUACAUCUACAACGGUUGCAGACGCUACGACUGCAUCGACAACCGCUGGAGCUGCCACUACUACCGCAUCAACAAGCGGCGCUGAGACAAGUACAGUCACAGAGACGGAGUCGUCAACGUCCGGAGCUGCAGCUACAUCCACUACGCUUCUACUCGUCAAGGAACGAGAUGAGUCGCAUUCUUCUGAAUCUCUAG